AUGCCGCCAGGCGGUGGAGGCAACAUCAAGGUGGUGGUGAGAGUGCGGCCCUUUAAUGGGCGAGACGGGCACCAGGCAAAGAAGCAGGGCGAGACCGGCGCGAAGACAUUCGCCUUUGACAGGUCGUAUUGGUCCUUCGACAAGAACGACUCGAACUACGCCGGCCAAAGCAACCUAUUUGAUGACCUAGGCUCUCCGCUUCUCGACAAUGCCUUUGACGGCUACAACAACUGCAUCUUCGCCUACGGGCAGACAGGCUCCGGAAAAUCGUACUCCAUGAUGGGAUAUGGCAAGGAAAUCGGCAUUAUACCCAUGAUCUGUCAGCAAAUGUUCGAACGAAUCAACCAGAUGCAGGCUGAUGGAGCUACGAAAUGCACGGUUGAAGUCUCGUACCUCGAGAUUUACAAUGAGAGAGUACGCGAUUUGCUUAACCCCGCGAACAAAGGCAACCUGCGCGUGCGUGAGCAUCCUUCCACGGGUCCCUAUGUUGAAGACCUCGCCAAGCUUGUCGUCAGUGGCUUCCAGGAGAUCGAACACUUGAUGGACGAGGGCAACAAGGCCAGAACCGUCGCUGCUACCAACAUGAACGAAACAUCGAGUCGAAGUCACGCUGUGUUCACCCUGAUGCUCACGCAAAAGAAGAUGGACACUGAGACGAAAAUGGAGGCCGAAAAGGUGGCCAAGAUCAGUCUCGUUGAUUUGGCCGGCUCCGAGCGAGCUAACUCGACGGGUGCGACUGGCGCGCGCCUCAAGGAGGGUGCGGAGAUCAACAGGUCGCUUUCUACGCUCGGUCGUGUCAUUGCAGCUCUGGCGGACAUGUCGACCGGCGCCAAGAAGAAAAAGGGCGCCAACCAAGUUCCUUACCGUGACAGUAUUCUCACAUGGCUUCUCAAGGACUCGCUUGGUGGAAACAGUAUGACGGCCAUGAUUGCCGCCAUCAGUCCAGCAGACAUUAAUUACGACGAGACGCUCAGUACGCUACGAUAUGCCGAUUCCGCCAAACGCAUCAAGAACCAUGCCGUGAUCAACGAGGAUGCGAAUGCCCGAAUGAUCAGAGAACUUAAGGAGGAGCUGAUGUUGUUACGAAGUAAACUGGGCGGAGGCGUACCUGGUGGCGUUGGAGGGGCCGCCCCGAACCCCGAUGAGAUCUAUGAUGAGAAUACACCACUCGAGAAGCAGCUGGUCAGCAUCACCGGGCCGGAUGGGACUGUUACGAAGGUGUCAAAGGCAGAUAUUGCUGAGCAACUGAGCCAGAGCGAGAAGCUGCUCACCGACUUGAAUCAGACAUGGGAGCAGAAGCUGCAAAAGACAGAGGAGAUCCACAAAGAGCGGGAGUCUGCACUGGAAGAGCUCGGCAUCAGCAUCGAGAAAGGAUUCAUUGGGUUGUCCACUCCCAAAAAGAUGCCUCAUUUGGUCAACUUGUCUGACGACCCUUUAUUGGCGGAAUGUCUUGUCUACAAUCUCAAACCAGGCAUCACAACGGUUGGCAAUGUUGACACCAACGGUGAGCACCAAGCAAAUGUUCGACUCAACGGCACAAGGAUCUUGCACGACCACUGCAAAUUUGACAAUGCAUCGGACGGCACUGUCACGCUUCUGCCUUCGGAGGGCGCAUCUGUCAUGGUGAAUGGCAAGCGGAUCGAUGGGCCGACGCAGCUACACUCCGGAUACCGUGUCAUCCUCGGUGACUUCCACAUCUUUCGAUUCAACCAUCCGAUGGAGGCCAAAGCAGAGAGAGCAGAGACAGGGACAGGGGCUGGUACGAGCUUGCUACGGCACUCCAUCACAGCAAGCCAGCUACAGGCUAUCGAUAGAGGAUCACCGAGUCCGCGUCCGGGCCAUGAGCGCAUGUCUAGUAAAGCGUCCGACUUUCUUGACUCGAGACCAGACUCGCCGGCGCCUUUUGGCCGCAAUGGGCGUGAUUCGGAUUGGUCCUUGGCGAGAAGGGAAGCGGCCGGUGCCAUCUUGGGAACAGAUCAAAAUCUCAAGGGGCUCACGGACGAGGAGCUCAACGCCCUCUUUGAGGAUGUGCAAAAGGUUCGCGCUGAGCGCGUCAAUGCUCGCGAAGAUGGCGAUGAUUCCGAAUCGUCGUAUCCGACGCGGGACAAGUACAUGUCCACUGGGACGAUUGACAACUUCUCCCUUGACACAGCUUUGACCAUGCCUUCGACACCUAAGCAGGGAGAGUAUGACGACAAGCUCAAGGAGGUCCGCGAGGAGCUUCAAGUACAGCUCGAGAAACAGAAGGAGGAAUUCACCGAGCAGCUGAAGAACGCCGAGGCAGCCAAUGUCGAGGUUGAGGAGAUCAAGAAGGAAAAGGUUCGCAUGGAGACAGCACUGCAAGAUCUAAAAGACGACAUGCAAAAACAACUAGUGUUGCAAAAGAAGAAGUAUGAGGAGAAGCUGGAGAAGAUGGACCCCCUGAAGCGACCCAAGGCCAAUCCCAAAUUAUCCGAUGAGGAGCAAAACAGAGCGAAGAGCGUCCUGAAGCACUGGCGUAGCCGCCACUACGUCAAAAUGGCCGAGUCGGUGCUUCAGAAUGCUGCCAUCUUGAAAGAAGCCCAGAUCAUGAGCAACGCGCUCGAGGAGAAUGUCGUCUUCCAGUUCACAGUGGUUGACGUGGGUCACGCUGUCUGCUCAUCAUACGACAUGAUGCUGAACGGAUUGACCUUUGAGGGCGACGACGUAGGGCUUGAGGAAGCGCAAAAGCCGUGCAUCGGCAUCCGCGUUGUUGACUACAGGAGCAACGUGGUGCAUCUUUGGAGUCUGCAAAAGCUCCACGACCGGGUGCGACAGAUGCGGCAGAUGCACCAAUACCUUGACCAGCCGGACUAUGCGCAGCACUUGAGCCUCGACAACCCUUUCCAAGAAUCUUGCAUGCCUUCUUACACACUCGUUGGUGAGGCCGACGUGCCCCUGCGCGCGGUCUUUGAGAGUCGGGUGCAAGAUUUCUCGCUCGACGUGCUGUCCCCUUACACUUCCGAUGUUUUGGGCAUAGUCAAGCUGUCUCUCGAACCAUCACACGCCAGAGCCCCGUCAAACACCCUCAAGUUCAACGUGGUCAUGCACGAAUUGGUUGGUUUUGCCGAGCGUGAAGGGACGGAAAUCCACGCGCAGCUCUUCAUCCCCGGCGUGUCGGAGGAGGACGGGAUCACAACAACGCAGAUGAUCAGCAACUUUGAUGAAGGCCCCAUCCGCUUCGAGAGCGUUCAUAGCAUGAGCGUGCCUCUGUUCGCACCGCAAGAUGUAACCUUGCGCGUAGCCAUCUUUGCAAACGUAUCCGCCAUGCACUUGGACAAGUUGCUAAGCUGGGACGAUAUGCGGGACGAAGCUCCCCGGAGCAAUGGAAAUGGCCAGCGUAUCAACGAGUCGCAGUUUUUCACCCAGGAGAAGCAUGACCUGCUGUCGAGAAUCCAGAUCAAGGAGCUGGACGAGGCUGGCGAGUAUGCUCCGGUCGAGGUUGCACAGGCCAGUGAACUUGACACAGGCACUUUCCAGCUCCACCAAGGUCUUCAGCGCCGUGUCAGCAUCGACAUUUCGCACAGUUCCGGCGACGCUCUACCAUGGGGCGACAUCACCUCUGUGAGGAUUGGUCGUAUCCAGCUGAUCGACUCUGCGGGCAAAACUCCCAACAUGUCUGCUCCCGAGCCCGACAUUACACUCAAGAUGGCAUCAAGCCCUGUCUACCGCGAGAACGCCAACGGAACGCGCAGCAUCACUGUUAAUGCGCAGUGGGACUCGUCGUUGCACGGCUCGUUGCUCCUAGACAAGGUCACAGCUGAAAAGUACCACGUACAACUCACAGUGUCGUGGGAAAUCAGCUCGGAGAAGCUGUCGGAGCCCAUGAAGUUCUCCCAGAAGAUCUAUGUUCAGGUGAUGCCUCGAUCGUUCAUCCGACAAGCAUCCAUAUUCUCGUCCAUGUUUCAGAACGUGCGCUUCGUCAAGACGUCUACGGGUAUUUUUACUUUGACGAUGCGACCCGCACCUAUCAAGCGGGUGGGCGACCUUUGGCGCAUGAACAGCCAGCAUGAUUACGUCAAGGGCGAGGAGAACCUGCAGAGCUGGACGCCCCGCGGCGUGUCUUUGGUCAGCGACUUUAUCAGAUCGCACAAAAAGAGACGGCGGGUUGCGGAGAUCGGUACCAUCCAGAACAUGCUCAACAAGCUGGGGGUCUCGGCAGAUGGCAGCAAAGCGAACCCCUCAGAGCCCGACGUCGCUCCGUCCCCCGAGCUGAAACCUAUUAUACCAAAUGAUGAUGAUCUGCUCAACGACACGCCCGAGGCGUCCCCAGAGCCGUCCGUCAAUGGCGACGCAGAGGCUGCAGACGGGGACGGGUCGGCGGCCGACGGGACAAAGAUGGCAGAGGGUGAAACUGAAGCUGCCACGACGGGCGAGGGCCUUGCCUCCAAGUCAGAGUACUCUGAGCGCCACACUGAGCUACUCGAGAGAUGUCUCAAGCUAUGGGUCAAGUACCCGGACCCAUUGUCUAACAUACUGAGUCCAGCCAACACGGCCCCACCCACUGAUGUGGGAGCAGAAGCGGCACUUGCGCCCAGCCUGGUCACAACCAUUGUCCGGGUCGCCAAGAAUCCCAAGGUGCUCAAGGGUGGCUAUCUUUUGGUGCCCAAUGAGGACUCUACACGAUGGCAAAAGAGGUUUGUGGAACUGCGACGACCAUAUCUGCACAUCCACUCGGCGACCGAUGGUGAUGAGGUGGGACUUGUAAGCCUGAGGAACUCACGUGUGGACAGCCAGCCCGGUAUCUUGGGUCUGCUGCAUGGUCCAGACGACUACGACGCACCACCGGGACAGAAUGGUAGCGGGCCAACCUUCACCCCGGGGCACCGGCGCACCGCUUCGGGCCGUGUGAUCAACACCAUCUGGACGGGCGCCAGCAACGGGUCAGCCAAUGGUGGCGGUCAAUCGCAGCAGGGGAUCACACGGCUCAGCGAACGCAUGCAGGCUGCUGUCUUUGCUAUUUACGGCACCGACAACACCUGGCUGUUUGCGGCGCGGAGUGAGAAGGACAAGAUGGACUGGAUAUUGCGCAUCGACCAGACAUACAUGGCCAAUGACGAGAGCGCGACCAACAGCGGCAUGAUGAGUCCCUGGCAGGGCAGCGAGUACUGA